UGCGUGUUGUGUGUAUGAGAGACACAGACUGUGAGAAGAGCAUGGAGAAUCCCAAUGGCAAGUUAGAGAGGGCAGAGAGAAGACUGUAAGAGAAAAGAAAGUUGAGUCGAGUGACCAAAUAAAUAACCAAAUCUCCCUAUUCUUCUUUUCAUCUCUCGUAGCCCAUAACGCCACGAUUUCCUCCAUCUCUUCCUCUACUCCCUACAUUUUUUCCUCUUCAGAUCCCAUCAGCCUUAAAAAUCCCUCUUUUCUUUUUGCCUUUUUAACCGCCAGGCCCCUACCCUUCUCUUAUUACACACCGAACCCCACUUCCCUUCCGAUGAGGGAGGAGAGGUUGGAGAUGUCGGAGAACGGCGAUGGGGGCGAGGGCAAAGACCUACGGUGGUCGCCGGAUCCUGGAGGAACCGUUCCGCCGAAGUUCCGUGCUACUGCUGCUUCUACUGGCGGAGGUUCCGCCCCACCGCCGCCUUUCUCCGACCAGGUUCUUGAGAACGUCCUCGAGAACGUGCUCUGCUUCCUCACCUCACGCAGAGACCGCAACGCCGCAUCCCUUGUCUGCAAAUCAUGGUACCGCGCAGAGGCACAUACGCGACUCGAGCUCUUCAUCGGCAACUGCUACGCCGUCAGUCCUGCACGAGCCAUCGAACGGUUCCGCCGUGUGCGUUCUCUGGUUCUGAAAGGCAAGCCUCGCUUCGCCGAUUUUAACCUAGUUCCGAUGGGUUGGGGCGCUCGUUUGUCUCCAUGGGUUGCCACCAUGGCUCCCGCUUACCCCUGGCUCGAGCGAAUCUGCCUUAAGAGGAUGACGGUCACUGAUGCAGACCUCGUUCUCCUUUCUUUCUCUUUUCCCUCUUUCCAUGACCUUUCACUCAUUUGCUGCGACGGCUUCACUACCAUCGGACUCGCCGCUAUUGCGGGGAAUUGCAGGCAUCUCCGAUCGCUGGAUCUGAUAGAGAAUGAUGUGGAAGACGAUGAGGAUGAGGUGGUGGAUUGGGUAUCUAGUUUUCCUCCGGGAAAUACUUACCUUGAAUCUCUGGUAUUUGAUUGCGUUGGUUGUGCUGUUAACUUUGAUGCUCUUUUGGCACUAGUGGCCCGUUCUCCUUUUCUCCGGCGGCUGAGAGUUAAUGAGCACAUCUCUUCCAACCGGCUCUACCAGCUCAUGGCCCGCGCGCCUCAGCUCACCCACCUUGGCACCGGCUCCUUCUCAUCUUCCGGAGAAGAAGGUGAUGUUGAGGAAACCCUCAAAUCAGCCUUCCAAUCUUCAAAUUCAUUAGUUUGUCUAUCAGGUUUUAGAGAUCUUGCUCCUGAGUACCUGCACACAAUCUACCCAGUAUGUUCUAAUCUCACCUCACUCAACUUUAGCUAUGCACAGAUCUCCGCUGCGCAGCUUAAACCAGUCAUUACCCGUUGUCAUAAUCUCCAAACAUUCUGGGUCCUUGAUUCUCUGGGUGAUGAAGGCCUUCAAAUGGUAGCGGCGACUUGCAAAAAGCUUAGGGAGCUGAGGGUUUUUCCUUUAGAUGUCAGCGAAGAUUCUGAAGGUUUUGUUUCAGAUAUUGGACUGGCGGCAAUCUCCGAGGGCUGCCAUGAACUCCAAUCAAUCCUCUACUUCUGCCAGAGGAUGACAAAUGCUGCUGUUGUGGCCAUGUCUAAGAACUGCCCGGAGCUAGUGGUGUUUCGCCUCUGCAUUAUGGGCCGUCACCGCCCCGAUCGCCUGACUGGCGAACCCAUGGAUGAGGGCUUCGGGGCGAUCAUAAAGCAUUGCAAGAAGCUCACAAGACUUGCUGUUUCCGGUCUCCUUACCGAUAAAGCCUUCGCCUACAUCGGCCUGCAUGGGAAGUUAGUGAGGACUCUUUCAGUUGCUUUUGCCGGCGAUAGUGAUUUGGGCCUGAGAUAUGUGCUUGAAGGUUGCCCCAAUUUACAGAAACUGGAGAUCAGAGAUAGCCCGUUCGGAGACGUAGGGUUGCUCUCUGGGAUCAACCAUUACUACAACAUGAGGUUCUUGUGGAUGUCUUCGUGCAAGCUUUCGAUGAAUGGUUGCAGGGAAUUGGCUCGCCGGUUGCCUGGAAUUGUUGUUGAAGUUAUAAGGGAUAAUUUAGAGGAUAAUGCUGGUGAUGCUGUGGGGAAGUUAUACAUGUAUCGAUCCCUUGUUGGGCCGAGGAAUGAUGCUCCACCUUUUGUUCAGAUAUUAUAGCUAUUAGUCCUUUUCUAAGAGUUUAAUGAGGAGAUAUUUAACCAUUUGGCUUGGAGGGAGGUUCAUGGCCGUGGGAGUUUUCAUGACCCACAAAGACAACUCCCCCGCAUUUUGAAUUGCUUGAACCAUUCUUGUGGAAUUGAAGUUGAAGAAGAAGCUUAAAGCUAAAAUCAGUUUUUUAAUCAGAAAUAGAAUUAGACUUGCUUUGUUUAGAUUCAGAGAAACCAGAGUAACUGUUAUUUCGUUGCACGGCAACGAGCCUUUGCAUUUCAGUGAUCCUCUGACUGAAUUUAAAGAUGAAAGUUGAUGAAGUUUGUGUUGAUCU